AUGAGUUCUAGUUCGUCUGCUAAUCAAGAUGUCACGUCUGCUUCGGCGCAAGCAAAGCAGGCUGCGUGUCUGGAAUGUCGCCGGAGCAAGGUGAAAUGUACGCGCGAUGCCAAUGCCCCGGUGUGUCGGAAGUGCCAGCAGGCAGGUCUGCAAUGUGUCACGCCAGAGUACCACGUUGGACGGUAUAAAGGGGUCAAGAACAAGAGAACAGGGUUGGAAAAGGCAAUCUAUCAGGUCGAACAGGCACUCAAGCGAACCAAAGAUGGAUCGACUGGGCUCUCCUCCGAGGUUGAAGCCGACCUUCGACAGUUGAUCGGGGCCCCUCAGACCGACACUGCGCUACAGAGGAGGGCGAACGACAGCAAUAGUAACGAGGCGACUGCUACGGACCAUGGCGAGAAACCCGACGAACUCGCACUCAACAAUGCCGACAAUCCCCUGCAAUUGCUUGCCAUGGCCUCUGUGCUGCCGGGCCAUUCACCUUCGACCGUAAUGUCCACAUCGCCCGCAGGUGUUGCGUCGCAACCGGGAACGAAUGACGCAAACCUUGGCGACGUCGAAUUACAGCAGUUUUUUGGCUCCCUCAUGCCCAGGCUGGAUAAUUCUCCCGAUCUUGACCCGAUCGACCUGGGGCUUGUGACACAGGAUGAAGCCGACUCGCUGUUUGCCUACUUCUACGAACGACUAUCGCAUACAAGAUGGGGUCUUGACCCUACCCUCCACACGGCGUCAUUUGUGCGGUCAAGGUCAGCUUUUCUGUUCACCUCCAUUCUAGCCGCCUCUGCACUAUUCCUCCCCAAGGCGGAGGCAUUGUCGAAGCGACUCUCCAACCACCGAAACAAUCUCGCACAAACCGUGAUAUUCAAGAGACAUAGAUCAGUCGAGAUUGUGUUGGCUUUCAUGGUUAACAUUCCUUGGAUGACGCCGGCGAAACACUGGGCGGACGAUGAGACAUGCGCGUAUCUCUCGAUGGCGCUGAGCCUGGCAUUGGACCUCUCUCUGAACAAGAUUGUGGUUCCUUCCCCCACGAUCCGUCCCGCGGGCUUUCUCGACCGGGUGGCCAAGGCCGAGUGUAUCGAUUCCGCAAAGGCUUUGCAAUUAGAUGGUUUCCCGCACGUCGAUCCGACUUCCACCUUGGGCCGUCGUUUAUUGAGGACCCGUGAGCGGGUAUGGCUUGCAUUAUUCGUUCUUGAUCGAGGCAUCUGCCUUGCAAGGGGAAGGCCAUAUGCUGUUCCAAUCGGGCCACUGGUGGACAGCUGUGACACGUGGCACAUUUCUGACAUCGCCGAUCGAUGGGAUGGCAGCGUCAUCUCAGCAGCUGUUUUGAGACGAGACUUGGUCGGUCUCAUCACGAGUGUCCGCGAAUUUUGUGAUGGUAGUCAAGGUGUCAAUGGUGGCUCAGCGGCCGUGAGAUUCCUGAAAGACAAAAUCGACCGUUUCUUUGAACAGUGGUAUGCAGUUUGGUCACGUCAAAUCACACAAGGCGACGGUCAAUUACCUCCCUACGUCGAGAUCCUUGUUUCUCACACCAAACUUUCCACAUAUUGUAACGUCGUUAACCACCCGACGGCCUCGAAUGACGUGAAACAAUUCUUUCGCGCCGCAGGACUUGCAUCAGCCAUGAAUGUCAUGCGUGCAGCGGUCCAGGGAGAGAAUCGACUCAAAUCGAUGCCGAACAACACCGUCAUCAUGGUCUCUUUCGCGGCAACUUUCGCUCUCGCCCUUGGAACCACGAGUCAGGGCAAUCGAGCCAUGCUAGCCCCAAAUGCGAGAACCCUGAUUGAAGAGACAGCCCAAGUUUUGGAGAGGAUUGGCAGCUCCCCGCGACACCGCAAGGGUCUCUCCGUCCUUUUCGCGAGGCACAUUCGGCGAAUCAUGCAGAGCUCAGUUCUCAGUCCUCCCGAAGACAACCAGGGCUUUGUCUCGGGCCCUUCAGAGGAGCAACAUCAUCAACAAGAUCAGAAUCCUAAGCACAAUCCCCCACGGACAGCCUCAAUGCCUGCGCCCAAUGUUGCACUGGAGCCGUAUGUGUUUGACAUGACGGACGACCAGAUCCUCGAAGCCAUCAACAACGCUAGUACUUCGCAGGACUUGUUCCAACUUGACGAGACUAUGUUCUUCGACUGGUUAGACUGGCCCAACGUCACAUGA